AUGACUUCUUGGGAAAGUCAAAGGGAAGGAGGAAUGGUGUAUCUCAAGGUGUCUCGAUCCCUUGAGGAGACAUUGAGUUCUCUUCGACAUAUCAUAGAUCUGUGCAGAAAACAUCACAGCAUGAGCACUUCUAUUCAUAAUCGUAAGAAUGCACCUGGUCAGUCUCUCACUGCUGCAUACCUGUCAGAGAUCGUUAAACAAUCAAACACCUUGAUCAUUCAGCCCCUGAACAACUUGCUCAUCACUGAACAUCAGCGCAAGUCACAAGAAACAUCUGCGGCCGAAGAGGCUGCUCAGAGAGAAGCAGAAGCCCUUGACGAGAAAACAGAAGUACUGACACACGAAUGUUUGCAGCUCACAGAGUCCAACAGAUCUCUACAGCAGACCGUAGAUGAGCUACGUAAGGAGGAAAGUGAGCUCGGGAGGCAGGAAGCAGCUUUGUUUGGCCCAUAUGUCAUUGCCUGCCAAAUUGCUCAGCAGCCAAUAAGCCCAAUCCUUCCUAAAGUUGGAGAGUAUAAGGAUUGUAGCACUCAAACAGAGAAGACCACUCCAGUACGGCCCAUAGAGUUCUUCAGCGGCGUGCCAUUCCUCUAA